AUGGCGAGGAAGUGCUCCCACUGCAGCAACAAUGGACACAACUCGAGGACGUGCCCCAACCGUGGGGUGAGGUUGUUUGGGGUGCGUCUCACUGAUGGAUCAAUCCGGAAGAGUGCUAGCAUGGGGAAUCUGAGCCACUACGCCGGAUCUGGAAGUGGUAUCGGAGGGGCGUCGCCGGCGGCGGACUGCCCGGAGGGCGUCGAUGGCUCCGCGGCCGAUGGCUACGCAUCUGAGGAUUUCGUGCAGGGUUCGUCUUCUAGCUGUCGCGAGCGCAAGAAAGGUAGGUCCCGGAUUCAUCUUCCUGCUGCGUCUCCGAUUUUGAGAGGGACCCCUCCCUUACAUUUUUUCUCUGUUUCUGUCUAGUUUAAAUUUGGGGCCUCGGCCACGGCCAUUUUGCAUUGUUUUAUAUAUACAAAAGAGAAUCUAGAAUUAUUUCAUGCCUGCGCAAGUCUACGUUUCCGUUUGAUUUUGAGUGAUUUUGAUUCUAUUUUUGCAAAUAUCAUGUCACGGUCGCUCGAUGAGGAAUUAUACUCGUUUGUCCUCGUUUUCUUACAUGCAUUUGACAAAUAAGCUUAGACCAGCGAAGUCUCGAGUUCGACGAUUCACAACCUUUCUGGAACGAACGUACGAGUGCAUGCGAGUUCCUUGUCUAGUUCCCGUGGACUAUUGUGUCUUUACUUGUUGCAGAUAGUGCCUAUCAAGCAGUACCUCGGCUUUCUCGUGUCAUCCAAAGUUUUCAUGUUCAAGGCCCAAAAGUUGAGAACUGUGCUGCUCGCUAUUUUGCCCCCUUCCUCCAGUUACAUCAUCCGAUUCGAUUUCUUCUUUCAGAGAAAUCGUUAAAACAUUUGCGCAACACUGUGUGAGCAUACAAUUUUUUCUCCUUUUCUGACAAUAUUUUCUCUCUAGGUUACCACGACUAAUUCCAGAGGUUACGGUCCCCAAUUGCGUAAUGGCAGCAGUCCAUCUUACCCACAUUAAUGACUGCCUUACCUACUCUAAGAUGAUGCUGGCCCGAGCAAGAACCUUAUUUGAUUGUGGGGGUUUAAACUCACUCAAAACCUCACCUGUGUCAUCUUCAUUCUUUGGUAGCGUUGUAAUGCUGCUGGUGAUAAUCUUAUCCUUAAUGAUUUCUUACCAAGAACUACUAGAGUGAGUGAGAGAGAGAGAGAGAGAGAGAGAGAGGGAGGAUAAACACUGAUGCUGUUAGCCAUCUUUAGCUGAGGGUCCUCUCAGAUUUUGUUGAUUUCGCUUCAGAUGUCUGGUUCUUUCAUUUACCAUCAGUUCCCAAGAAUCAUACAAAAUCUAUGCAUGAAAUUGCCCUUCUUUCACGUCUCUGUUGCCCAAAUAGUGCCUGCCUUUGUUGGGCCAUCUGAUGGGUAGCAUGCUAGUAUUUGCAAACGACCGAAGAGAUCCUCACGCCUGGUGAAGGCAAUGUUUGUCCUACCUGCUGAGAACUUACACAGGGAACGAAGAUCUCCUGCAUGGUUGGAAGGAAGAUCCUGAAAAAUUUGCAAUGAAGCUGACUUGAAUGUUCCAUCUUGCCCAAUUUUAUCUUAAUCGGAACUUGUCGAUAAAGAAUUAUAGUACUGGUAGAAGUUGGGGUCCCACCGUGCAAAGUAUCACCAACUGAGUCUCCCUCCGAAGAAGAAGGUGCAGACAUUGACAUUCCCAAAGUAGGCUGGUCAACGGGCUGCUUCCCAGUUGGGGAUUGGUACCUUCUUUGAUGUAUUAUUAGUUUGAUGUUUUAUAUCUUGCUAUGGAAAUGCUUUAAGUUGGUUGGUUGACUAGAAAAUUUAUUUUCCUGGGGAAAGUUUCGUCAUCUGCUGAGCUGUUUGAAUGCGCACUCAGGAUCUUGACAAUGAUGGUUGACGGUCACUCUAUCCACGGUGCUCGUCCCUGAAUGGGGUUGUUCUUGCUUGCAGGUGUCCCGUGGACUGAAGAAGAGCACAGAAUGUUCCUCCUCGGUCUGCAGAAGCUCGGCAAAGGCGACUGGAGAGGCAUAGCUCGCAACUACGUCGUCUCCCGGACCCCCACCCAGGUGGCGAGCCACGCCCAGAAGUACUUCAUCCGCCAAAGCAAUUCUUCGAGGAGGAAGAGGCGAUCAAGCCUGUUCGACAUGAUCCCCGACGAGGUCAAAACCCCUUCCCUUUUCCCCUCUCCUCUUCCUUCUCCUCAUUUCCUCUCUUUUGCUCCUGCUCUGACGCACCAGCAGUCCAUUGAUGCUCUUCCGCAGCUCCUCCCGGCUUCCUGCCCGGAGCCAGAAGCCAUGGAGGACGGCGGCGCUCCCCCGCCGCCGGCUGCUCCGGCGGAAGAGGACUCCAACAAGGUUUCAGAACCGGAGAAUCCUCAGUGCUACCCGGUGGUGUUCCCCGCCUACUUCUCCCCCUUCUUCCCCGUUUCCGCCGCCCCAUACUGGACCGGCUACUCGGCGGCGCCGGCGGAGGAGGAGAAGGAGGAGGAGGAGACGCACGAGAUCGUGAGACCGACGGCAGUUCACUCGAAAGCCCCGAUCAACGUGGAGGAGCUCGUCGGCAUCUCGAAGCUGAGCCUGGCGGAGGAGGCGGCGCCGCCGCCCUCGUCUCUGUCACUGAAUUUGCUAAGAGGUCCCGGCCGGCAGUCGGCCUUCCAAGCCAGCUCCUCCCCGGCCGGCGCGAACGUGAGGUCCGCCGCCAAACCCAUCCGCAUCCACGCCGUCUAG